AUGCGGUAUGAGUACGUACUUGUGGUGAUAUUAGUGAGCGGUGUGUCAAAUUCGAAAGUGAGCGGUGAACCAUUGGGUUACUUGAAAUACGUUCUGGAUAUUCUGGGUGAUGUGGUUCAGAAUGAGACAAAUGGAAUUGGUAUUAACUGUAGACGUCAUAUGGACUACUAUCAAGCAGGAUUGAAGACAAAUCGAUUGUGGGCUUUUCAAAUGUUUGACGCUGCAAGCAAGCUACCAUCAGGGAUUGGAGCAGGACAUACGGUCGAUUUGGGUUCAUUUGAGGAGUGCCUCGAAGUAAUUCAACGGAUAGAUUCCUCAGAUUCUUUCCGAGGACGAUACUGCCUUGGAGAGACGAAUAUAAAUUUAAAGAAGAUAAAUGCCACAGUACCACUGAAACUGGCAAGUUGCUUACCGGAGAGCUGUUCCACUACCGAUGUGUCUACAGUAUACAAGUAUUUUGGAUUCAAUUUCUCGUUCCCAGACAAUUUGUGUCAAACAAUCGCUGAUCGAGAAAAGCUACGGUUUGGAUUGUCAGAAUAUUGUGGAGUGGCAUUCUUCGCAAUCUUCGCGCUGGUGAUUUUUGCUUCUACAAUUUACGAUAUCUACUUGUACAUAACCGAAUCACAGGUCAAGCAUCGGGCACUUGUCGCGUUUUCCAUUCUUAAAAAUGGCAAACAACUGAUCGCAAUCGAAAACAAUGCCAAACAAAUAACUUGCAUGAACGGAAUUCGAGUUAUCAGUACCAUGUGGAUCAUCCUAGAGCACAGAUACUACAUACCAUUAAGCUACUUUCCUCUGUGGAAUAACUUUUACAAGGAAACCUGGAAGCAAAGUGCAGGAAAUAUGCUUAUGAUAAACGUACCAAUGGCAGUUGAUACCUUCUUUGUACUAUCAGGAAGUCUUGUAAGCUACGUUUACCUCUGGUCCGCCGAGAAAAGCACCUCGUUUCAUAUUUUCAAGUUCUACCUUCACCGGUUUUUGAGAUUAACUCCCGUUUUGGUCGCUGUUAUCAUUUUUAUAGUCACAUUACUGAGACAAUUAGCGUCAGGCCCGCUCUGGUCGAGCAUGGUUGAAUCACACCUGAUUGAUGGUUGCGAAAAGUAUUGGUGGAAGGCGUUGUUGUAUAUUCAAAAUUACGGUCAAACGCCCUCAUUGUGCAUCUCUCCCAGUUGGUAUUUGAGCGUCGAUAUGCAGUUGUAUGUAGUUUCCCCAAUCUUUCUGCUGGCGUUGUCCAGAUGGCCGAAACGUACCAUUUAUGGAAUCGUCGCGCUCAUUGUUGGUUUUUUGAGCUUAAUGGUAUAA